GCUCAAGCUGUGAAAGGGGUAAAAGAAGAACUCCGCUGGGCCGAACGAGUCGCGGGCUGGAUGCCGUGCACCUCUCUUCAAAGCGAGUCUGAUCAAUACGCUGGAGAGUAUCCUAACGCCAUAUGGGAUCUGCAGGCUCGCCCUCCCCCUAACUGGCAUCCGGCAACCGAGAAGCCCUGGAGCCGU